AUGGAAAGCACAAAAAAUCGAAGAUUUGAUAUCUGAAAGGUGAGGAAUAUUCAGGAUCUUUUACAAAUCACUGAAAUCAGAAAUGUUGGUUUUAGCCAAAACUUUGAUCUGCCUAAUCAGCAGGUCAUAAAAUUGGAUGUAGAAAGGACAAGAACAACUAUUCUUACAGAACAAGAAAAAGGUUACUAUAGCUUAUGAUAAAAUAAUUAUAAUAUUUAUAUAUAAAAAAUUGUUGUCUGCUAUGAAUUAUAAAAUUGAAUACUUAACCCAUUGCUUAAAUAAUAUAAUAUUUUGAUGUUAUUUCUGAUCGGCUCCGUGGAAUUUAUGGAUUUUCACGCGUGAAAUCCAUCUUUGGCUCGUGGGAGCAGAUCAGAAAUUUAAGCAACUGAUUAUAAUAAAUAUUAUUUUUCCAAAAAAAAUAUAAUAUACCUUUUUCAAUGAAAUAUCCUACAGGUAGCCGCUAUCAUAAUAGGCUAAGAAAUGUUUCUAUUCAUUGCAAAAAGGUAUGAUUUUUUGUAUUAAAAGUUAGAAAUCUUACUAACUCAUUACUGCAAAGCAAAAAACACCCCAUACACCCAAGGAAUGAAUGAAAUUAUGGUUUUAUUUGUCUUAAUGAUAAGAGAAGGGAUUUCUCUGCAGCAAGCAUACUGCUUAUUCGAAAGCUUCAUACAGCAAGUAUUGCCAAAGAUGUUUGGUACUGUAAAUUAUAUUUAGGACUUUAAGCCUCUCCAUGCUUUAUUCAUAAUUUUUAAAUUGCUACUCAGAUAUCAUGAGCCUGUCUUAAGCUCUUAUUUCCAUACCCAUGGGAUAUCUCCUGAGCUGUUUUCUACCUGCUGAUUCAUCACUGUAUUUUCAAGCAAAAUCAAUGAUAUAGAAAUUAUCUAUAAACUAUGGGAAACCCUGAUAAAAGAAAAAGAUUAUAUUUUUGUAGCUUAUAUAGCAGUUGCUUUGCUUACUUACAGCAAAAAUCAUAUUUUGGCACAGGAAGAAAUAUCGAUUCCACAAACACUUUCGCAGCUUUCUAUACAUAGCAUGCAGGAGUUGACAGAAAUUUUGAAAAUUGCAUCUCGAAUUAAAUCAAAUAUGCCUUACUCAAUAAAAAUAAAACUAAACCAAAUCAAUAUCUAUAACAUAGACCAUGUAGACUCAUAUAUUUCUUCAUUAGAAAAAGAUCUGUGCUUUACUGUGCAUCCAAGAGAAAUCAUGCACAGAGCAUACCCAGAAAUGAGCAUCUGCAACUGUAAGCAUAAUGACUGUGCAUGGUGCAUAAACAAAACUAACGACAUUCCAUUAUUUUUAAUUGAUUUUAGGACAGAAAAUGAACAACAAGCUGGAACAGUCCCAAACUCUAUUGUAGUCAGUGUCCCGUUCUUUGUAAGUGAUGAAAAUUUGCAGCAGAUUGUAGAUCAGUAUGAAAAAAUGAAAGAAAUUUUUCAUUUUUGUAUUUUAAGUUCAGAAGAAACGAUAGCAAAAAUAGUUUUUUUUAAAAAAAUAAUAAAAAUGAAUAAAAAAAAUUAAAAGCAUAAUUAAAUGAAUAGCAAACACAAAUUAUGAUGAAAUGAACCAAGAAAACCCUGAUUUAAAUACUCUCGAACGGUUAUUGAUUUGCUUUGAAAAAAAUGGGUUUUCACAUAUAAGUCUCGCUGAAGGAGGCUUUGAAAAAUGCCAUGAAUUUGCAAUGCAUUAUAAGCUGCAGUUGGAAAAUCAUCAAGAGGAAUAUUGCUUAGUUUGCACACCUGAUGGCCCGAAUAUUGCAAGUCUAAUGAAGUCAAAAUUAAAAAAAUUUAGAUCAUCAAUGCUAGGCACUAUGAGAAGGACUUUUUCUUUGGAUUCAAAUCUAGAAAAGCUUGCUCUUGAAGCAAAGUUACAGUCAGAAAACAACCUUCAAAAAUCUGAUCCAGCAUCAUCAUUUUUUAUCAGUAAGAAAUAUGACAAAAAUUCUAACACCAUCUAUGAUGAAAAUUAUUUUUUCUAUUUAAAAUCCCAAUAUUUAACUAUUGGUAUCUUAGGAGACCCUGAAUUAUCCACAGAUUCUAGAGUAACAGAAGAGUUCAAGAUAAUUGAUCUGUUAAAAAUCACAUCAAUAAACUCAACACAGAAAAUUUUGACAUUCUAUUUUAGUGGUAGCAAAAAGGUGCAUUGCUAUGUGAUAAUUCCAAAUUCUUUGACAAGGAGCUUUAUUGAUCAAAUAAAGAAGCAAUUUUUAGUAUUGAAGAAGAAAAAAUAA